AUGACACAUGUCGAACCAUCUACUGAAUCCAUUGAACGUUAUUCAUUCGGUUAUACAACGGAAUUUUCGAAUCAAAAACCAACGAUUACUGCGAAACAGUUGUGUCAAAGAUUACAAAGUCAAGAAUGUGCUGCAAAAAUUAGUCUGAAUGAUAUUCCUGUCAAGACUUCGCGUGAUUCUUCAUCAUCAUUAUUAUCAUUAGUUAAUUGCAUCGCUCCACGAUAA